AUGCAUUGGAUAAGCUCAAUAUUUGUUAUUGUCUGGAUACAGAUAUCUGUCAUACAAAAAACAAAAAGUCAGUUGUUGUAUGAUGCACAUAAAGAAUACUACGACUUACAAAAGAGAGUCAUGAAAAUGGAAGAAGAAAUAUUUCUAUUACAAAAGCGAAUUAUGAAAAUGGGAGAAGAAAUGUGUCAAGUAAAUCAGAUGAAUGGGAAAAUGGUGGCCUUUUCAGCAACUGCAGACAGGACUGUUCGUCAAACAAUCACAACAGGAGGGGAAAUAAUUAUCUUUAAGUCGGUAUUAAAUAACGUAGGAGGAGGAUAUGAUUCUGAAACAGGAAUAUUCACGGCACCAAUGGCUGGAAAUUAUGCUUUUUACUUCUCUGUCGAAACACCAUCGUAUAAAUACCUGCGUGUUUUUUUAUAUCUUAAUUAUAUACCUGUAGCUGAAGCACUCGCGGGAAAUCCCGCAGGGAGGUAUGACGCCGGAGGCAAUAUGGUGAUUCUCGCUUUGGAGAAAAAUGAUCGAGUAUGCAUUAAAUCACAUUGGGACACUACUGGCCAAUCCGUUCCUAUUCAGUUCACUAUAAACAGCUUCUCGGGAUUCUUACUUUUUUGA